UUCAGAAUAACUUCUCCUGCGCGGUUACAUUAGUAAUAUAUAUCUUAUCAAUUCAACCUUUUUUAAUUAUUAUUUAUAACGUCUUUAAAGGUUAACAUGGACUGUGUGGAUUUCCCAAGAGUUCUGCCGAAUGCGCCGAGAAAGGCACGGGGACAGAUUCAGGUCAUCUUUGGACCGAUGUUUUCAGGGAAAAGCACUGAACUGAUGCGAAGAGUGCGCCGCUUCCAAAUAGCCCAGUACACCUGCUUGGUGAUCAAAUAUGCCAAAGACACACGUUAUUCUGACACCGGCAUGGCCACGCAUGACAAAAGCACAAUGGAAGCUGUGCCUGCAAGUUGUCUGGAAGAACUGCGGCCUCUGGCAUUACAAGCCUGUGUCAUCGGGAUUGAUGAAGGGCAGUUUUUUCCAGACACGGUGGCGUUUUGUGAAGAGAUGGCCAAUCUGGGGAAGACGAUCAUUGUAGCGGCUUUGGAUGGAACCUUCCAGAGAAAACCAUUCGGAAACAUCCUGAACCUCAUCCCUCUAGCGGAGAGCGUCGUGAAGCUCCACGCCGUCUGCAUGCGGUGUUACAAAGAAGCCGCCUACACCAAGAGGAUAGGAACCGAGAAGGAGGUGGAAGUGAUCGGUGGAGUUGACAAGUAUCAGGCGGUGUGUCGAAAGUGUUACGGCGGUCUGGUGCUGGAAAAAGAGAACAAUGCUCCCUUCAGGGACGAGACGCCACAGCAAUUCCUCCCAGGAAAACACGUGGCAUGCGCAAAUCCUCGGAAGCUUUUCUCGUCUCUUAAUCUCUGAACUCAUCCAGAAAUUACUUUAUUUUGUGUGUGCAAGUGGUGCGAGGGCAUUGGAAGAAACAUGGAUUCUUAUGUGUGUGUUGCAUUUGUAUUUUUUAUGUUUAGGACAAUACUAACCCUAACGAUUAUUGGCCCAACUAAUAACUCAAAUACUUCACUACAUUGUGGUUGUUUGGGUUCCUCACAACAUCUUUAACAAAUAUUUUGUCAAAUGUAAGAUUUUUUUAAUGUAUGUGUAUUUUCUGCUUUCAUUUAUAAAAUUAAAUGCUCUUUGUGGAACGUGUAGCUCAA